AUGGCGCGCUCUGGUGCUCGCAUGUUGGCCAUUGCUCUCGCGCUGGCAGUUGCAGCGUGGAGCUAUGACAGCCUUCGUUCUUUCUGUGGCAACUUUGGCUUGAGCACUCGGCAGCCAGCAAGUGCCUGCAACGGAUGGCGCUUGGACAAGAUGGAGGUGGGUCCACGCGGCAUUGGACAGCUUGUGGUUGCCGAGGGUUUCUUCAUUGGUGAGAAGGACAUGUUCAAGGUGCUGAACAAGCAGGGCCGCCGCUACCGCCUUCGCCCAAGUGCUGAGGAUCGCAAGGCUGGAAAGACCGUGCCAGGCAUCUUCCAACUCGGACCUUUCAAGAUUCACUUGGAGCAGUGCUUCCGUGGUUCAGGCGGCGAAGUGGAUGAGCCUCCUGUUGAGGGCUACUCUGGCAACGGUGGCAUGGCUGGAUGGGCGGAGGACCUCCCUAUCAAGAAGCUCGGCUACGGCCGCUGA